CGACUUCCGGUUAAAAAGCCAAAGUGCUUACCGUUUCGAAGUUCGACAAAACCUAACUACAACCAAGAAAUUGGGACAUUUACCGAAGACAUACAGGAAUUGUAGCUUCUCGACGUAUCGAUGGAUUAAUCUCACGUAUGUUGUCAAGGGAUCGUCUUUACAUAAAGACAUGAAUUCGACGAAUCUACAGAAUUAUCGAUGGUACCAUGGGCAAGUAAACCGUGGUAACACGGAGCAACUGCUCAUGGGAAAAGAACCGGGGAUAUACCUCGUUCGAGACAGCAAGACCUCGACAGGAGAUUUUGUGUUGAGUGUGAGUGAGAAUCACAAAGUUAGUCAUUACAUUAUAAACAACAAUGGUAAUCAUUACAAGAUUGGUGACCAGACAUUUGCUGACAUACCCUCCAUCAUCAGCUUCUACAAAAACCAUUUUCUGGAUACGACGACAUUAACAGGAGCGGUUGAAAGGGAUUUGAAAGUUAGAGCAAUUUACAACUUCGAAGGCAGGGAUCCAGAUGACCUGCCAUUUCAGAAAGGUGAUAUUUUAACUAUUGUUAGCCAAGAUGAGGAAUCCUGGUGGACUGCUGAGAAUCGAAUCGGUCAGCGAGGCUCAAUACCGGUUCCAUAUGUGCAAAUUAUAAACAACGACCAGCCAUCAAAUCCCAGAACUCCGAUACGACCCCCGUCAACACCAGUACAAACAGGUGUUGUUAAUCCACCAAUCAACACGUAUGUUGACCCAUACAGAGGAGGGCGUGGUGGUUCUCAACACAGAAAUUCUGCCCCAGAACCUAUCAGGCCUGCAGAGAUACCUCCAAGACCUACUAUGCCUAAGCCGACUUCGGGGCCACUGCUUGCAAGAGCAGUAAUUGAUCGAGUUUGUACACCAUAUGAUACAAACCAAAUCGCCUUCAAGAAAGGUGAUUUGAUAAAAGUUACAAAACAAAACGACAAUGGGAUCUGGGAAGGCGAGUUAAACGGGAAAACAGGAGAGUUCCCAAUGUCUCACGUUGACUUAAUCGACCCAAAUACGAUGGAGCCCUUCUCAAAUGGCUAUUAGGCCGAAUCAGGUCGGAGUUGAAGUGUAUAUACACAAAUACAGAAGAAUGAUAGCCAUUUGAUCCAUACUGUGACACUGUAAGACCUUGAUAAACAAGAAACGCUGAACGUUUUUGUAGCAGCCUAGUGGAAACCAGCCAGGGAUGGAACAUUUGCGUGAUGCCUGAUGGACAGAGAAAAUACUAUAGCAUUAAUAAUUACCAACUAAUUUCUAUCCUGCGUAUUGAUUAUAUGUAAAUAAAAGUAAUAUCCGAUGGUUUUUGAACAAAAUUUUGCGAACCUUUUGACAGGAUACAUAUACUGUGUAUAAGUUAAUCCCCGACAGCGAGAACGACUGACCUGCUGUGUUUAUACUGGACAACGAACGAAUGGUGGUGAAAUUUAGACUAUUACAUAAUAUUUUUUAUAUAGUAGAGUUAAAGUGCGUGUCAGACGGGUCUAUCUCCUUAUUUGAAAGAACAGUUUAUAUGAAAUCGAGUGUUGAAUCAGAUGAUUUCUUGCAUUUUCAUAUUUCAUCUUGGUCACGAGAUACUUAGACUGGAGAGGUAUUGAAAUGAGGUAAUUUUUGGCACCAAUUUUUCCAAUUAGCAUAUUUGAAAGUGUUUAGUUUCCUAUUGGUUUUUGACAGGAUUAAACGAAACUUUCCUAUUCAUACACUAAAAAUAAACACUACCUGCAAAUUGCAAAAGACUUUUUCCCCCGUUUCAUUAUUGGUAACCAGAAACGAGAUGCUUUGAUAUGGUAAAUAAGGGAGAACGAUGCCAAAUUUUAUCGCAUUUGCCAGUUUCUGUGACACGGGUCUAAAUAUCUCAGUCUGUAUCAAAGAGAUAUGAAGAGCAAUAAUUUGACUAGCCAAUCAGGAUUCUGUUCACUUCAAGUAUGUGGAUGAACAGUUUCGUAUCAUGCACACUUUAAGAGCCGUUGUAUUUGAAACGAAAUAAACCUGACCAUAAUUUC